GGGGAGAAGGAGUGGACACCUCAGAGCGCACCAGAGGCUGGGAGGUAUCAGCAUAAAAACAAGCCUCUUUCAACAAAAAUGAUCACCGGUUGAAUAUGAUUUUGUGCGGACAUUCAUUUUUUUAGCUGACAAGCGUUGUUAACUUGUAUUUAGAAACAUCCUCCCUGUCAAAUGGAGCGCUGAGGGAAGUUCUCACUAUUUGCGCAACAGGUUCUGCCUCACAGAUUUUACUCCGAUCCAUGUAGGUGGAAGAAGCAUGUUGUCUAGAUUUCCCUCCUUUGCGGUUCAGAAGGAGAUCAACUCAUGGGAUGUGGUGGCUGCAGAGUCAGGUUUAACUUGGGGAAAGUGCUCUCCAAAGUCUCCGUGUUCUUCACCAUGGUCCUAAUAUUUACUUAUUUUUUCUACUGUCUAACUGGAUUAUGCGAUUCGGCUCCGAGGACUUUAUUUAGCAAAGAAACUGACGGAGACUAUGACGACCUGGAAGAUCGCAGCCAGGUGUUGGUAAAUAUGCGGCCAGCUGUUCUUGCGCAGCUCCACAACAAGACAGCCUCUCCAGACGCGCCGCAGGUGGACGCAGAGAAGCAGCUUCAGCAGUACGAGCAAGGCAGCGAGAGGGAACCAAACAGCAUCCCUGUUGCCAACAACUAUGGGACCAAAAGGCUUCCAAAGGCGAUAAUAAUUGGCGUAAAGAAAGGAGGAACCCGCGCCCUGCUGGAGUUUCUGCGCAUCCAUCCAGACGUGAGGGCGUUUGGCGCAGAGCCCCACUUCUUCGACAGGUUUUAUGACCGAGGGCUGGAGUGGUACAGAAACCUGAUGCCUCGAACUCUGGACGGGCAGAUCACCAUGGAGAAGACACCCAGCUACUUUGUAACCAAGGAGGCUCCAAGCCGUGUGUGCACAAUGAACUGCCAAACCAAGCUAAUAGUUGUGGUGAGAGACCCAGUAACGCGUGCCGUGUCCGACUACACCCAGACUCUCACCAAGAACCCGGGUCUUCCAUCCUUUCAGAGUCUUGCAUUGAAGAACUCCUCCGCAGGAAUAAUCGACACCACUUGGAGUGCCGUGCGCAUUGGCCUCUAUGCCAAACAUCUGGAGAACUGGCUGCAGUAUUUCCCCCUGUCUCACUUUCUGUUUGUCAGUGGUGAGCGACUUGUGUCUGACCCCGCCGGGGAGAUGGGACGGGUUCAGGACUUCCUGGGUUUGAAAAGGGUUAUUUCAGAUAAACAUUUCUACUUCAACCAAACUAAAGGUUUUCCCUGCUUGAAGAAACCAGAGGGGAGUAGCAGACCUCGCUGCCUGGGAAAGUCGAAAGGUAGACCUCAUCCCCAGAUCCCAUCUGAGGUUCUACAGACACUCAGGGACUUUUACAGACCUUUUAACCAACGUUUCUAUCAGAUGAGUGGACAAGAUUUUGGCUGGGACUAAUAAAAAGGGACACGUCUGCCUUAUAAAAAGCAUCUGUAUGUUUCUUUACAGUUUUCACAAAUCUAAGAUUCUCAGGGAGGAGUAAAGGCUGUGGAUGCAACAUGACAAGCAGCAGAUGUUGGGCUGACACUUACCGCAGUGCUGCUAAUAUGGUUCAAUACACCUUGAGGACUUUAAAGCACUCUCUUUUAAGGUUUCAUUUUCCUUUCUUUGAUCCUGUAUUUUGUUUAUAAGAUGAAGUUAUAUUUAUAGCUUAUGUCGAUAUAAAUCCUUCAUUAAAAUUAUCAGCUAUAUUAAAAAAAGUUAAUUUAUUACCAUGUGCUUUUUAUUACAUGGCAGAUGAAAUAUAUAAAAUAGGCUUAUUAACUGACAGGACAUUGGGGGCGAUGUCAUACCACACAACGCUUUGACGCAUUUAUACGUUUGUUUUGUUUUCUUUUUCAUGAACAAAGACAAUCAGAUCAAUUGUUUGAUAUUGAAAAGAUAUAUAUUGUUUGCAACUGAUGUACAUUUAUACCUCAAAUGUAAAUAUUCAAUUAAAAGAACACAUAUAAACAUUGUA